AUCAUUAUAAACAGUCCCUAAACAUUUCUUCUUCCACUGAGUCCACCGCGGACACAUCGCUCUCCGGUUCCGACAGCUCCUGGUCCGAGGUGUCACUCAGCCUUCUAGUACAUAUUUCCGCAGCUUCCAAGGCUGAAAACCGCGUCUUCUCUGUUCGUUUAGCCAUAACUUCGAAACAAAGGCAAAGCACCAACAUGCACGGAGUAUGUACUGGAGUAUGUACUGUACUAUACUGUACUGAUGUACUGUGUACAGUAAACACCUCAAACUGUAUAUAUAAACUCUUUUUUUGACUGCCCAUUGGCUAUUAGGUAAAGCGUCACUAGUGCGUAACGCGUAACCAUUGGCUGCGUAAAAGACGCACGCUUUACGCACACAGUCCCUUUGUGUUUGCGCCUGCGGUUACGCAUGAUACAGGCGGCGCAGGUAUACAGAAAACCAUGGCUUGUGAUAUGUCAUUGUGUUCAUUGGCUCGUUGACUGUAAGGGAAAAUAUCACUCCGCGCCUGUAAUCAAGUUUGGGUGAUUGUGCACGAGGGGAAGUGGGGAGUAAACUUUCUGAGUUCUGUACCACUGAUUGGCAGUGUGGGGCUUUAGUAACCGAAAACUUGCACUCUAUUGGCUGACCAAAGUGCCAAUUAAAUGCUAACUCUUUCGUUUAGCAUAGACAGUAGCGUUAUCGUGCUCAGUAAAUAUCUUAGCCCUGAAAUCGCCAGAAGAAAUGCAAAAAAAAGUGACGGAUCACUUUUCACGUUUGGAAUACUUUGGAAUACUUUCCGGCAUAGAGGAACUAAUUCAUUUUGUGGACAUAUUUUCUUCACUGGAUUAUAUUCUCUGGACCUGUACGGACCAAAUGAGACCAACUUUCUGGGGAUAUGUGGAUGUUUGACAGAAUGAGAGCCCUCAAAAGCAACACCACAGCCAUCGCUGAGGCCUGGGCUCGACUGGACCACAAGUUUGACCUGAUGUACGCCAAGAGGGCCUUCGUGCACUGGUACGUGGGCGAGGGCAUGGAGGAGGGAGAGUUCUCCGAGGCCAGAGAGGACAUGGCUGCUCUGGAGAAGGAUUAUGAAGAGGUGGGUUUGGACAGCGUCGAUGGAGAAGAAGAGGGAGAAGAAAAUUAAAUAGCUGUUGCAAAGUUUUGUAUUGUAUUGUUGUUAACUGGUUUUAAUUAAAAGUUUGAUUGCAUUUUAAAAGCUCUUUUGUAACACAAAUGCAAAUGUUAUAAAUAAAUACAUAUUAUUAUUAGGCCAAUAGUGUUUAAUUGAGGUAACUCACUUUAACUUUCACUUAUUUAACCUCUGCGUAACAGAGUAUGAAUUCCUGGGGUUCCAUGUUUUUCAUCUGUUUAAUAAGAACUGAACCAAACAACUCUUCAAUAUUUCAGUCAGUGUUGGGCAUGGAAAUAUAAUAAGAUCCAUGGUGUUGGGUUUCUAAGAGGUGGGUUUGGACAGCGUCGAUGGAGAAGAAGAGGGAGAAGAAAAUUAAAUAGCUGUUGCAAAGUUUUGUAUUGUUGUUAACUGGUUUUAAUUAAAAGUUUGAGAAGAGGAGGGAGAAGAAUAUUAAACACAAUGAAAUUUGACUUUAUGCAAAAUGUAGCUAACUAAAGUAUUUCCCUUUAGCUGUUGCAAAGUGGCAAAUGGAGCUAUUGUUUCAAAACAUAAACAUCUUACAUAUUUCUUAUUAAAUACAUGCAUUUGUAAUUAAUAAAAUACAUAAUUUUAUACACUCUGACGU